CUGUUUCAAAAAAAAAAAAAGGGGGGGGGUCAACUGGAACACUGGGGCCAGAGCCACUCUGGGUGCUGUGAUUCCGGACCGACGCCUGGCCCUGGCCCCUGCAGCAGGACAGCGGCCACCAAGGUGGAGCUCUCGCCGGCCGGCCCCUCCGCCCUACGGGGCUCCUCUGCGGGGCCCUGGGGAGCGGCUGCCCCACUUCCCCGAGCCUCGGGGUUGGGGCUCUCGGCCACCGCCCUCUGCGGGCCAAACGGGGCCACGCAGCCACGGACCCCGAAGGUUUGCGGCGACACCAAAGGGGAAGACGGGGAGCGCCGGUCCACAGUCGCAUGGAGCGCCUGCUGUAUGCGCCGGGCUCAGAGACCCAGCGUGCGCAGCCUCAGUCCUCCAUGGUGGCUCCCGGGUCGCCGAGCCCCCACGCCGGCCCCGGCCCGGGUGAGGUUCGUCCCGGAUUCUCCGCGGCCGCGCCCAGGGUUCCCUGGGCACCCGCCCCUCCGCCGCCCGGCUUGCGCUCCACGGGCGCCAUAGCAACGGAGUCCUGUGUCCUUGCUGAGCGGAACUGACGAAACCAGGGUGCGCACACGCCCACGCCAGCAAUUUUGCCCCUGCAUGGCUCCCGUAAACAGGCGCUUCGACCCGCCCCCCAACCCUCAGGCCCGCUCGGGCAAUCGCGGCGCCGACGUCGAUGGCGUCACGAUCCUCGCGGCCAAUCCGAGGGCUGAGGGCCGCGUGGCCCUCGCGAGCUUCCGUCGCCCGGGAGGCGGGCAUGUGUCGCGCCUGCGCGGUGGCCCUGCCCGCCGGCUCGCGGCGCGUGGAGGCUACUCCGAGCCGCGCGCUAGUCACGUUUGGGUCCGGGUUCCACGGCUGCGGUGGCGUGCGGGGCUCCAGGUCAUGUCGUGGCUCUUCGGCCUCAACAAGGGCCCCAAGGGUGAAGGCGUGGGGCCGCCGCUGCCCUUGCCGCCCGCACAGCCCGGGGCCGAAGGCGGAGGGGACCGCGGCGCGGGAGACCGGCCGGCGCCCAAGGACAAAUGGAGCAACUUCGACCCGACGGGCCUGGAGCGCGCGGCCAAGGCGGCGCGUGAGCUGGAGCACUCGCGUGAGUGUGGGCCAGGCGGGGCCGGGCGGCCGAGGGCCCCGGGGAGUGGGAGGCUCCACGGCGGAGCGCCAGAGCCGAGCGCUCGAGGGGCGGUCGACCCCUUGCCCGUCCAAGCAGUCGGGCGAGGAAGUGGCUUGGGCAACCCCACUUCUCAGGUGAGGAAACUGGCCUCCGGGAGGACCCUGGGUCAAAGCCCACUUGCAUGCCGGCAGGUUCAGAGUCUAUCACCCUUUUGCACGUUCCUAGCUGUCACGAGCACGUCAGGCGAGGAAACCGGUGCGGAGGUAACUUUCAGAGGUUACAGGCAUCAGGUCCUGGGCUGGACCGUGGAUUUCACUGACUGCCGAGUGCCUGAUAUCCUUCCUCUCUUGCUGCCUCCACGUGGGACGGGCCAAGGCGUAGCUAGAACGGUAGAUCCGUUUGUUCGGUGGUUGCUAGCAAUUUUCUACUUAACGAGGGAAGCAUAUUUGAGUUAAUGGCUUUAACGAGAAUAUAACAGAUUUGCACUUAUUAUUGGAAAACGUGAGUGUUUCCAUAGGCAAGGGUCGGUAAAGCGACAGGCCAGACGGUGCUGACCCAGCCUGGUGACUCUCCCUGACCCAGGGCCCUCAUGGUGUCAGCAGUGACUACUUUCUCUGGGCCCAGGUUUCUUCCCCUAACCUUCCUUUCUGCCUUGGCUUUAAGGAUUUGUAUCAGUUGUGGUUUAAGUGUUCAGGAGCCUGGGACGUAUAAGAUAUUGAAUAAACACUGAUUGAUGGAAUACAGUGGUUCUCAUUCUUUUGUUUAAGCAGGGGCUUCUUUUUUUUCAAAGAUCCUGUGGGGAAGCCUCGGUAUGAAGCAACUAUAAGCAGAGUUUUCCUGUUUAAGACGGGAGAGGUCCUGGCACUUGUUGGAAGGAUUCUCCUCCCCUUCCCCAGGGGCCUACAAAAAUGCCCUGGACAGUGGUCUCUGGGUCUGGCUGAGGGACAUCUAAGAUAUUAAGAUUUAGGCCCAGGACCAGGCCAACAUAUUAUUAGUCCUGGCUGGGCUCCCUUUGCCCCCAGGUGUUUUUGGUUGUUUUGUUUUUCUUAAGAGACUUGGUCUGGAUAUGUUGCCCAGGCUGGCCUCGAAUUCGUGGGUGCAAAUGAUACUCCUGCCCCAGCAUCCUGAGUAGCUGGGACGAUAGACAUAUGCCCCUGUGCCUGGUUUGCCCCUAGCUGUUUUAAGCUUGCUAGAUAAUUUUAAUGUUCAGGUUGGGAUGGGGAUCAAGGCUGGGCUUCAAAGUACUUAAGACUAUGGCAGGUUUUGACAGAUGAGCUCAUUUCUUGUUACAGGGUUAGCUGGGGGACCGCUUUUUGUCCCAGCUCUUGAGGGGUUUACCCACUAACCAUACCUAGAGUUUGAAAGUUCUCCCGCUAUUGAAAGCUGAAUCUUGACCCGUGCAUCCCCCCCACCCCCAUGUAGUUAUGCUGGUUUCUGUGAGUGGUCCAAGGUGCAUCUGAGAGGAACAGCUGGGGGCUUCCUCUCCAUCCUGCCUCUGAAUUGUUCCCCAGUCCUGGCCACCCCAGAGCUCCUGCCCUGGGACAUUGUCCACCUGGAUCUCCAGUGCCUUGGCCUUUACUCUCCCAAACUGAGCCCUCAUUUCCCAGCCAUGCAGGGUAUCCUGCGGAGCCUGGGAUGCCCAGUCUGCAGGCCUGGCCCCCCACCUCGCCAGUCUUCCCUUCCUGUGGAUUCUGUGCCAGGUGUGGGUUUUUUUUUC